AUGGCUGAAGAUAGCUAUCAUCCGACAAGAUUCGUUCAGUUCUGCAUACAGUAUUCAAGCGUGGCAUUGCUAUAUUACGAUUAUAUUCUUACGUUUCCACUCGAGUUGGAGUACAUAUGGCGAAAGAAGUUCAUGCUGUCCACCGUUUUCUACUUCUUUUGUAGAUACGGGCUUCUCGCGAACUUGUUUUAUCUGCUCUCUAUGGCGAACGUAAUUGAUAAGGUGAGUUAA